AUGUCUAGACAACCCUCUCGCCCCUACUCCCAGGAGUCAAUCGCUAGUAGUUCCCAGCCAGAUCACUCCCAGCCGUUGGGGCCUGGCGGUUUUCGAGUUCCAGCGAUGCCGUCGUUCGAUUCGACGAACCGCGGUGAAGUAAUAGGGUCGUUCGGUCGAUUUCCCUCGCAACACCCCCCUACCGGCUCCCCCUUCGUUAGCGGUUCAGUUGAGGGGGCCUACGCAGCCUACGGCAACCACUGGGGAAGGGCUGGGUCGGUAUCACAAGGUUUGCCGACGUCGACGCCGUUUACGGAGCGAGAAUCGUCCGUUUCGUCGAUGUUCUCGAGCCAGAGGUCGAUAAGGGAGUAUUCGAUGGCGUCAGUCGCUACUACGUCGACUACGUUGGCCCGAGGACUCUCCUCUACCACCCCUGCCGCUACCACACCUCCUCCUCCUAUGUUUCGCUGGGACGACCACCUCGACGGCGUGAUGAUACGUGUUUUGACGGAGAACGCUGCUCGAGGGCGUAAGUCCGAUAAUUCGUUCAAGGCUGCGGUAUUUGCCGAGGUCUGUGACGCUAUCAACGAUCAGCCAGUCCUCCGUCCGGUAGACAAUAAGAUGGUUCAGAGUCGGCUAGCGUACUUGAAGUCUGACCGCUAUAUACCCCUCCGAGACCUCCGGAAUUUAUCGGGGAUAGGCUGGGACGAACUACGUCAACGUGUAGUGGCUAGCGACGAGUUCUGGGAGGGUUUGAAGCGAAACGAGUCAGCAGCCAACCGUAAGUUACUUACUUGGAGAAAUAGAUCCUGGGUGCACUACGAUGCAUUUCACGCCCUCUACCAUGGCGCUACCCCCGACGGACGACAUGUUAUCACCCCUCAAAGGCCCGACCGCGAGCGGAACGAAAGCGAGGGAGAGAGGGAACGAAAACGACGUCGAAGUGGUGAGGAGGACGACGAUAGCGAUCGAGGAACGACUGAGCCACCGUCUUCAGCCGAGCGUCGUCAACGUCGAACGUCUAAAUCGACCUCCUCCGUUCAGCGUCAAGUCGAGCGAGACGCUACUAUCGAACGACAGCUCGCUACGCUCACCUCAGCGGCCUCUGCCAUCGAGCCAAAGACUGACGAGGCCUAUAGGGUCGUCAAAACGAUCUCCGACGACGCUGGCUGGUCUCAAGACGACUAUAAGCGUCUGAUCAAUUUUUUCGCCGAUAAUCCGCUUCAACCGCAAACGUUCCUUGCCCUACCUCUCGAACUCCGUCAAGACAGGCUAGAAUACCUGUUAAGGAAGGAAAAGAACAGGGAAGAGGAGGAAGAGAUGCGGUCUGCCAAGCGUAGACGUUUCCUCGAACGGUACGGCGAGUAA